AGAAACAACCUUCUUAAAACACCGCUUUCCCUUUUUCUCCCACACCCCCUUUUCCUGGCCUGGCUCCUACACUUUGUCCCGACUCUCUCUCUCUCAGAUUCCUAUAUCACCCCAGCGGUUGUUUUACUGCGUGGAAGAGUGGUUUUUUAAGUAGAAAUAGAGAAUGGGUCAGAUCCAGUACUCGGACAAGUACUUUGAUGAUACCUACGAGUACAGACACGUGGUUCUUCCACCUGAGGUGGCCAAACUGCUUCCGAAGAAUCGCCUUCUCUCAGAAAAUGAAUGGCGUGCUAUUGGAGUUCAGCAGAGCCGUGGAUGGGUCCACUAUGCAAUCCACCGUCCGGAGCCACACAUCAUGCUCUUUAGGAGGCCACUGAACUAUCAGCAGCAGCAGGAAAAUCAAGCUCAGCAGAACAUGCUUGCCAAGUGAAUUUUGGCUGCUUAGUUCCCUCUUUUCUGUGCUUUGGCUGGAAAAGGUUUAGUCUCAUUUCCUCUGGAAAUGUACUUCCUAUAAACUAUGUUAUUAUGGAAUUUGGUCUCAUCAAAGUGAAUGUUAAAUCUCUGGGCAAUGAACUAGAUGAGAAUAUCUAUGUUGAAAUUUCUUUUCAACUGAUUGAACAUGACUUGCUCUAAAAAUGUAUUACUAAUACUCCAGAUGUUUAAUUAAAGGUUGUCAUAUUCACUGGUGUUUCUAGAUAGAUACUCUGUUGCUUUUUCAUGUAUUGGCAUCUUAUGUACUAUGUA